CUGUGUCUGAUUCACAACCCAUAAGCUGUACAUUCAAAUACUAUUCCUUUGCAUGUAAUAUUACUCAGACAAAGUCAAUCAGCAGACAGAUUCAGUCAUCACCAUUUAUAAAUCACUGUUAAUGGACCGCCUCCAUAAGUGUCACCUGAUCAGCAAUCCAAGUCUUGAUGUUGCUGACCUCCAGUUUAGCAAAACAGUCGUUUAUAUCUGUAAAGAUAUUGUUUUCAAUUUAAACUCCGUUUUAGGGUGGACUUUCCCUUUAAGUGACAGAUUUUUUUGUUUUGUUUUAAUGCAACAGCGUCUCACCGUGUACCUGCCUCAGUCAGCACCACGGACAGCGACCCUGCCAGCUCUCCAGAGACCGCUAAAGGCGCCGUCACCUCCUGCACACACAGCGGGCACUGAGGGGCAGGGCAUGCUCAUUUUGUAACGACUACCAGCUAAUACAGCAUAAUCUACGAUCAUGUUACUGCGGCACUGACAGCCACACCGUAGCAGGCAGGAUGCGGGCUUUCCAAUAGACAACCCGCUCGUUUUUUUUUUUUUUUGUGUCAUUGUUCAGCCAACGGAAAGAUCCCUCUUAUUUUGGGUUUCACCGAUCAACAUGCCUCCGUCGACUCGUCUCGCGCUUUUCUUAGGGCGGAGGGACUCUAAAUGAUAACAGAUGUAGUGCACGUCUGACAAGUGGCUCGUCUUGCUUGAGAGACUCUGCAGAGCAAGGUAGUAAAAUCUGUUCCUACCCAGUCAUUAUUAUCAAUACCUGCCCAGCACCAUGUCCCCUCCAGCGUCGGCUGCGACAGCGAGCGGUGAGAGCAGUACGACCACCGUUUUCGAGGAGGACACCAGAGAGGAGCAAAGACCCCUGAAGCAAUCUCUGAGCAAGUCCUUAUGCCGGGAGAGUUUUUGGAAAUGCCUGCUCCUGUCCAUUCUCAUGUAUGGCUGCAUGGGAGCGAUGGUUUGGUGUCAUGUCACCAAGGUGACCCGCCUCACCUUUGACAGUGCCUUCAAAGGGAAAUCCAUGAUGUACCAUGACAGCCCCUGCUCUGAUGGCUAUAUCUACAUCCCUCUGGCCCUAUUGGGCAUGCUCUAUUUAGUCUAUCUUGUGGAGUGCUGGCACUGUCAUGUGAAGAACGAGCUGCAGCACAAAGUGGAUGUGGAGGGCAUCUGCGAGCGCAUCCAAAGGAUGCAGCAAGCUAAACCCUGCAUCUGGUGGAAGGCCAUCAGCUAUCACUAUGUUCGCCGAACACGACAAGUCACGCGCUACCGCAAUGGAGACGCUUACACUAGUACCCAGGUUUACCACGAACGUGUCAACACCCAUGUGGCAGAAGCUGAAUUUGACUACAGUCACUGUGGUGUGAAAGAUGUUUCAAAACAGCUGCUGGGCUUGGAGAAGUCUGCUCUCACAAAGAUGCGGUUCACCAAGUGCUUUAGUUUUGCCAACGUUGAGUCUGAGAAUUCCUACCUUACGCAACGAGCAAGGUUUUUCACUGACAAUGAGGGCCUUGAUGACUACAUGGAAGCCAGGGAGGGCAUGCACCUAAAAAACAUUGACCUGAAGGAGUAUGUCAUGGUGCUGUCUGACCCAGAGCACCACCCCUGGUAUCUGUCCCACUAUGUCUUCUGGUUUGCCUCAUUCCUCACUUUCUCUUGGCCUCUCAGAGUCUUCACAGAGUAUCAUACUGCAUAUGUCCACUAUCGUGUUGAGAAGCUCUUUGGGCACGAUUACCUCCCUGUGACCCCAUGUGAUGAUCGGCCAUAUUGGCGUCGUAUCCCUCGCGUUAACACCAUUGACAGUACAGAACUGGAAUGGCACAUUCGGUCCAACCAGCAGCUUGUGCCCAGUUACUCAGAGGCCGGCCUGAUGGACCUGGCCCAGUGCCCGACCAGCUUCAGUGGGAUACGUCAGAAUUGCGAGCGCUGCCACAGAGCCAUCAGCUGCUCCUCAGUGUUCUCCAGGAGCGCCCUCAGCAUCUGUACUGGUGCCAGCUCCCGCAUCCCCUUCAGCGCCAGCCGGUUCUCCUUGGCGCGGCGCUACGGCUCCCAGCGCAGCUGCUUCUGGAGGAGCGGCAGCUUGGAUGACCAGGAAAGUCCCAGCGAAAACACCCGCUGUCUAUCGGAGCGCCUCACCACAGAUGAUGAGGGACCCCCAGAGUAUGAGGAUGCACUUUGCUUUCCAGUGGUCAUUGUCCACUGCAGUGAAAAUUGCCACAACCACAGGUCUUUCCACAGAAAUGGCUCCUGUGUGGAGACUUCCUUGUGACUAUGCAGUCGCUGACAAAACACAGUGGCAUUUCUGUAGCAUACAAACACUUUGGACAUCAGAAACAGAGUGUGUAAACGAGUCUUAAUGUGAGAUACACAGAUUCGUGCUGUAUUGUCAUACUAUCAAAAACAAAUGCCUGAAUCUUGAAUGUGUGAAUCACCAAAGCAAUAACAGUGAUUAGUGCGUGGAGUUCAACGUGACAGUGGUACAGUAUGUGAGACCUGCUAGGAUGCACACACAUGGAAAAAUGAUAUCUGCCUGGCUUCCAAUGAAAACCAAGCAGACAACGACUGUUACACUGUACAUCAUUGCCAUAGCUUUACUGUACAUAUGAAAGUGAAACUGAAGCUGCAGUUACCUCAUAAGACCUUUUCAGAGGCCACGGACAAGAUGGGCAGGUUUAAACAUCUCAUUCAUUCAGUGAAAUCUCAGUAACACAAACACAUCAGAGCUGACCAGUCAGAUAAAGUUGGAGCUGAUUUUGAUGAUUUUUUUUAUCAUCAUUAAGAGUGGUAAGGUGAAGUUUCUACAAGUUGAACCUACUUCCAAUUACAGCAAUAACUGUGAAAAUAAAUACCACCUCUCAAGCGAAAAAGUUAAAGAAGGAAUAACAAUCAAAUAUGUUGCACUUAUGAAUAUCACAACAAUACAUUGGUCAAUAUAGAAACCUCGAAUCCAACAGAGACAAAUGAACUCUUGGAUACUCUCACUCACUGUUAUACCAAUCUGUGAUGUUUGAAAUUUUUCAGUACUUAUGUGGAGUGUUGUAAUUCUACUUUCUACUCUCUAUUUCUACUUCAGUUAGUGACUUUCUGCAUUUCCCAGAAUGCCUUUUGACAACUGCGGAAAACAGGUAUAAACUUAUUUUCAGCUGUGGGUUUUAUGUGUUGGUGGAAAGUGAAAACAUGACAGCUGUUCUAAUUGAGAAAACUCGUGCUCCUUACUCAGAACAAACCUGUCUUGUGGCUGUAUUGCUUUCUGGUGUAUUAAGGCUACUGUGAGAUGGCGAAUUUGGUAUAACUGAUAUGCUUCUACUACAAUCGACUUCUCCCUGUUUGACUGUUGACUGUUGGUGCUAUAUGGCAGCUCCAGAGCGAAACACGCCUUUCUUCUGGAUGUUUACAGUGGAUGUUUUUGAAACAUUUUGUCCUACAAAGCUCCACUGUAUAUGUUGGAAUUAUCUCAACGUGAUGACACAUUGUCCCUGUUUUGGUAUCUGCAAAGAAAUAAGAAACAACGCAACAGAAUCAGAAAAGCUUUUAACAUUGUCGAAGUCUUUUAGGUUGGAUUUUUGCUUUAACAUUUGACACAUGAUUUGUCUUGACUGACCCAGAAACUGGAACACUGUUGGAGCACUAACACUGUCUAGUCAUAUGAGCCUCCAGCUUAACAAACUGAAACACAUUAUGAAAAAUCAAUCACCCAUGAGUUAUUAAGCAAGUACAUUUUGUCUUAAAUUAGACUUUUUUUUCUACCUACUGCCACGACAAAACCUGCCGGCAACUGUGGUACAAACACAUAUACAUGCCAUUACGUUAUUCUUGUGGUCAGAAAAGACAAGGACAGGUUUACAUUGAAUCUACAAUACAUUUGAACAGGUGGAUGUCACGUCAGUCACUACCAUUAUCAUCUGUCAAACAACAAACUACGGUGUGGAUUUAGCUGCAAAAAAACCCCACAAGGUCAUUAAAUCCAUGCUCAAAUUUGCAUGAUUUCCUUCUGCUAAGACAAUGUGUUAAAAACCAUAAAACAUACCUGAAUGUAAACUACCAGCAUAUAUGAUAUACUGUAGUAUUUGUCCAUUAUGUGUCUAUAGUAAAGGAAUAAUGCUCCA